ACAUCAUUCAAGAAACAUCCAUCACACCCCCAUUUCCUUCUCUCUAGCCAAUCUGAAAGCAGGAAGAACCAAUGACUCAACCACCACCAGCUACCGAAGACCUCCCUUCAACAAACAUUAAGCUUCAGAAGCACUGGAACCUACGCCCUGGGCUUGCACUACACAUCGAGGAUGCACUCAAGGAGAAAUUUCUGGAAAUUCCUCAUCCGAUUUUCGACAGUUUGGCCAGGCUGAUGAUGUACGAAGUGGAUCUCUACAGCUGCUACAAAGAAGCAAGCGCAUUUGACCCUCUCCGGACACAGGCGCUGUUGCACGAAUGGUUCCCCCAGGAGGGCGACUGGGAUCGAUUAUUCAUCACUAUGGAUCUCUUAAAAUCAACCCGUCAUUACUUCAGCAAACAAGAUACACCAAUCAGCUUCAUCGGAUUCACCCUUGAAGAUGCUAAGGCCCUUCUGCAACUCGACUUCAGCCCUCCCUCUACUUCCUACUGCUUCACGAGCACUUGGGAUCCACCCAAAAAGCAACUCGCCCAGCAUCUGGUGACAAAAAUGGACCAGAUGAGGAAGGCUCAAGGGUAUACCUCGCUGAUCUUUGAUGCACACUCUCGGGACUUUCCAGGACCUAGUGAAGGCAGUGAAGACUUGUCAAACACCUAGAUUUUUU